UGUCAUAGGAUUUGACUUCCGCUUUAUGUUAGUGCUCUCCACGCUUCAAUUGUCUUCUUUAUAGGUAGAGGUUGAGUAACUUACUCGCAUUCCAUAAUUAGAAAAUAAUCAGUGACUCGACUUUAUCUUCUAAAACAAAUUGGCUGAUAAAACGGCCUUUGUGCCCGAUGUCUAGUGCUGAAGUGGUGGACAAUUCCGUUGAUCCUCCAGCCAAGAAGCGGAAACUUGCUACAGGAGACAAUACUGCAGCGAAAUCCGUUUCAUUGGCUACUUCAGACAUGGCGCAGAAUGGUUCAUCGAAUUCCAACGAGAUCGACGAGGGAUUAUAUUCAAGGCAGCUGUAUGUGCUGGGUCAUGAAGCUAUGCGCCGAAUGGCAACAUCAGAUGUUCUUAUUUCUGGACUAGGAGGACUGGGCGCAGAAGUGGCGAAAAAUGUUAUUUUAGGUGGUGUAAAGUCAGUGACACUGCAUGACGAAGCCGUAUGCAAGGUCGCAGAUUUGACAUCUCAGUUUUACCUGACAGAAUCUGAUAUUGGGAAGAAUAGAGCCGAAGCAUGUUUACCACAGCUGUCAGAGCUGAAUAUGUAUGUACCUACUAAAACCUACACCGAUCGACUUACAGACGACUUCAUAAAACGUUUCAGGGUAGUUGUGUUGACAAAUAGUAGUCUACAAGAGCAGUUGAGGAUUGCGGAAGUGACACAUGAAAAUGAUAUAGCUCUCAUUGUUGCAGAUACAAGAGGUCUGUUUGCUCAGGUAUUUUGUGACUUUGGUAAAGAGUUUACUGUUGUUGAUACAUCAGGUGAAAGUCCGAUUUCAGCAAUGAUUGCUAGUAUUUCGCGGGAAGCAGAAGGAGUAGUCACCUGUCUAGAUGAUACACGUCAUGGAUUAGAAGAUGGAGACUUUGUAACAUUCUCAGAAAUUCUUGGUAUGACUGAAUUAAAUGGAUGUGAACCGAAGAAGAUACAUGUUUUGGGGCCAUACACCUUCAGCAUUGGUGACACCAGUAAAUAUUCUGAAUAUAUACGUGGGGGAAUUGUUACCCAAGUAAAGAUGCCAAAAAUCACACACUUUAAGCCUCUGAAGGAAUCUAUCAAAGAACCCGAGUUUAUCGUCACAGAUUUUGCAAAAUUUGAUCGCCCUUCACAGGUACAUCUUGCAUUCAUAACCUUACACAAGUUCAUUGAGCAAAAUGGAGAAGCACCGAAACCUUGGAAUGAGGAAGAUGCAGAUUCAUUUGUGUCCCUCGCUAAAUCAGUUGCGGCUGCCGGAAACAACGAAGAGCCCAACACAGAGUUACUGAAAACAUUUGCCAAAGUUUCUUCUGGUGAUAUCCCCCCUCUCAAUGCUACCAUUGGGGGAAUUGUUGCACAAGAAGUCAUGAAGGCAUGCAGUGGUAAGUUCAAUCCUAUUUACCAAUGGCUCUAUUUUGAUGCUUUGGAAUGUCUGCCCUCUGAUUUAUCUCUGCUCAAUAAAGGUAACUGCAAAGCAGCAGGGAGUCGAUAUGAUGGUCAGAUAGCUGUUUUUGGAAACACAUUCCAGCAGCGUCUGGGUGCGCUGAAAUAUUUUGUGGUUGGGGCUGGUGCCAUUGGCUGUGAACUUUUGAAGAAUUUUGCUAUGAUGGGCAUAGGAGCUUCAGAAGGUGGUCAAGUAACAGUGACUGAUAUGGACCUGAUCGAGAAAUCAAACCUGAACAGGCAGUUCCUCUUCCGCCCUUCAGAUGUACAACGACCUAAGUCUGUGUGUGCAGCGAAAGCAGUACGACGUAUGAACCCUGCAAUCAAUGUUGUGGCCCAUGAGAAUCGUGUUGGGCAAGAGACGGAACGAGUUUAUGAUGAUGCCUUUUUUGAAUCUCUGGAUGGUGUAGCCAAUGCUCUUGAUAAUGUGGAUGCCCGCAUUUACAUGGAUCGGCGCUGCGUCUAUUACCGCAAGCCUCUUCUUGAAUCUGGUACUCUGGGCACAAAAGGAAAUACACAAGUCGUGGUACCUUUCCUUACUGAAUCAUAUAGCUCUUCACAAGACCCACCAGAAAAAAGUAUCCCAAUUUGUACUUUGAAGAACUUUCCCAAUGCAAUUGAGCACACACUGCAGUGGGCAAGAGAUAGCUUUGAGGGGCUGUUUCGCCAGGCAGCUGAGAAUGCAGCUCAGUACUUGGCAGAACCAUCAUUUGUAGAACGUACUCUAAAGUUGCCAGGGGUUCAGCCUCUGGAGGUUCUGGAAUCUGUGAAGCAUGCUUUGGUAGAUCAUCGUCCAUCUUCGUUUGAAGACUGUGUGGCAUGGGCACGUUGCUACUGGCAGGAGCAAUAUAGUGACCAGAUUCGACAGCUUCUAUUCAAUUUUCCUCCGGAUCAGCUUACUUCAAGUGGCCAGCCAUUCUGGUCCGGACCAAAACGCUGUCCAACACCACUUACAUUUUCAGUGGAUGAUCCUCUGCAUAUUGAUUAUAUUCUUGCUGCUGCUAAUCUAAAGGCUGAAGUUUAUGGAAUUCCACAAAACCGAGACAGGGAUGCAAUAGUGAAUAUGGCAGAGCGUGUUGUAGUUCCUGAAUUUGUCCCCAAAUCUGGAGUGAAGAUUGCAGUCACGGACGCACAGAUGCAGGUGUCUAAUGGUGCUGGCAGUGUGGAUCAUGACCAGAUCAGUCAGCUUCGAAACGAACUGCCUUCAAGGGAUGAGCUGAAAGGCUUGACCAUCACUCCGUUGGAGUUCGAGAAAGAUGAUGAUACAAACUUGCAUAUGGACUUCAUCGUUGCUGCUUCAAAUCUUCGUGCAGCAAACUACAAUAUUCCUCCAGCUGAUCGCCUUAAGAGCAAACUUAUUGCAGGCAAAAUCAUCCCUGCCAUUGCAACAACAACUUCAGUAGUUGCAGGUCUGGUGUGUCUUGAAUUGUACAAGCUUGCACAAGGUUUCACUACAUUAGAGCCUUUCAAGAAUGGGUUUGUUAACUUGGCUCUGCCCUUUUUUGGCUUUUCUGAGCCCAUUGCUGCCCCAAAGAUGAAGUAUUAUGAAGAGGAAUGGACUCUGUGGGACCGCUUUGAAGUAGAGGGAGAACUUACCCUGCGAGAGUUCCUGGAUUACUUUAAGGAGAAAUUUAAUUUGGAAAUCACAAUGCUAUCACAAGGGGUGUGCAUGCUGUAUUCAUUCUUCAUGGCCAAGGCAAAGUGUGAGGAACGUUUCCCCCUUCUCAUGUCUGAAGUAGUGAAGAAGGUGUCGAAGAAGAGGUUGGAGCCCCAUGUCAGAGCAUUGGUGUUUGAGUUGUGCUGUAACGACAGUGAUGGCAACGAUGUAGAAGUUCCGUAUGUUCGUUACACUCUGCCUGAUAAUUAAUUCUGAGAGUGAUCACAGUGGAUUUACCUUGCUUCCACAUAGGACUUGCAUUUAUGUGUAAUAACUUGUGCAGUGGUUUCCUGUUUCUCACUGAAAGAACUUGAACUUGGUUACCCUUCCCCAAUGUCUUGCGUGUAGCUCUAUGAUUGUUGUGGUACAUGCAGGAAUUGUAGAGUGCUAUGUCUGAAUCAACCUUUAUACCAGAAUGAGAUCUUUUGAACAGUUUCAUGUUUCUAAAUCAAAAGAAAAUGGAGCCUGACAAUAGCACAUUAGAAUUCUGCUCUCAGUUUAGGUAUUUUAUAGCUCCUGUAUUUCAUUCCCAUGCAAGUAACAUUGUUUGCUUGUGAGGUAAACAUGUGAAUUUGAUUUCUAGGUAUUUGAUCCAACAAGAAAGGCAUUUUACAAGUGGCACUUCAUGAAAUUCGUAACUUAUAACAGAAUUUCAUGUUAAGUGUUUGGUGUUCAAAAUUAUUUCACCUUCUGUUAAUGAAUCAUACUGCUUAUCUGUUAACAAUGAUAUUGUGAAGUGGUAGAAUUUUUUUGUAAGGUGAGGGUAAUUUAUACUGAGAUUCUAUGUGUUUUUACAUUUGAAAUGUAGAAUAUAUUCCAGUAUGCUGGAAAAAUAUGAGCUCCCCUGUUCAGGGUGUGUAGUUUAAAAGUUUAAAAUACUAUUGAAAAUUACUAAAUUGUUCUAAUUGUAAUAUGACUCCAUGCAUAGCACUCCAGAAUCAAGAUGAUAAUUCUGUAAAUGAGGUGUCAUCAUGAAUUAUUUGGAAUGAUAAAUAUUCAUUUUGUGAGUUAAGUCUUUUGAAGACUGUAAUGUCAGAUGGUAGGAUGAGUCAUGAAUUGGGAAAUUUAUGAAAGGAAGUGGUUGUUGUGGCCUUUGCAUGAAGAGACUGAGGGAAACCACAAUCACAAUAGCCAAUGACCCAACCAAGAUUUGAACUAAAGACCUCCUGAAUGCAAGUCCAGAAUGUUACUGCUAUGCCAACCUGCUUGGUUCUGAUAGAAUAGUUUGUAAAACUACUUCAUAGUUUUCUAUAUAUAUAAGUUCCAUUCUACAGACUUGCCUUAUCUUGUGAAUAAUUUGGGCACUUCAGUCUCUUUCUGCAUACUUACAUGGAAAUUGGUGUGAAAUACAUUUUUCUUUAUGAGUAAAAUUGAAUGUUACAAGUUAAUAUAAGUAUGCAAUUUCAAGAUUAGAUGUCAGAUUAAUUUUAUGUAAUUUUGCUAGUAGAUGUGUGUUGAGCUAACAUUUGAUCUUGAAUUCAUUGCUAAUAAUGAUAGGAUGAAGAAAACAUGUUAUGAAAGUCAGUUUCAAAUAAAUAUGUAAGAGUAAAUUUGUAUUUCAUGUUGGCAGAGAAAGUUCAACACAGACAUUGCAAUAAAGGUUGUUACUACAAUAGCUAUCAUCCAGAAUGGCUGCUACACAUGUACAAAAUGUGCAUAUCACAAUGUUUGGAAAAUUGAUUGUCAGAUGAAAAUAGUACUUCAUUUAAAGGGAAAGGGCUUGAAUACUGUCAGGGUCGUAAUUAUAUUUUAUAAUCUUCAAGCCCCAAUAUGUUCCUCGGUCUGUAUAAAGUGUAUAUGACCAUUUCUUGUUGAUUUUUGGCCUUCGUGAUGACAUGCAUGGACUACAUUGCUGUACACAAGGUGUGGAGGUGGGUUCACAGAGAGGGUUAGUCUUCAGCAGAUUGCAGUAAUAAUGAAGAGUUACCUUUAAUCAAGCCAUGUGGUGGAAAUGUUGUUUUCUCACACAGGUUGCUGUUAAAAGCAAUUGAAACCACCCAUAUCAGGAUUUCUUCUGGAACUGUUCCCUUUGGAUUGUGACAUUAUUAUGGAAAGUGACUUUGGGAUUUUAGUGCAAAUUUGUUACUUUAAAACAGGGGUGAAAAUAUUAAGAUUUCCAGAGCCAAGCAUAAGUCUUUACCAAAACUUAAUACAAUUUGCAGGACACUAAAAGCAGAUCCAAUUUCAUCUCGAUCAUGUAAUCGUGACACUUGCAUAAAUCUUGGCAGUAUAGGGAGGUUAUUUGAGAGUCUGCCACAUAUCUUUUGGUGGGAGGAACGUACUAAUUUCAUGUGAGCUUGCACCCCCAUGUGUUCUGAAUCAUGGUGUAGUAGACAGGCUGGUAGGCUAUACACAUGACUGUCUCCAGUAUUAGCAAUUUGUCUUUGAACAGCUACUGUGAGUUUUGUGCCUGUUGACCAUAAUCUCAAGCUGCUCCUGCUAAUAUUAAACAUUCAUUUGUGUUACUUUUUGUGUCAGAAUUCCAUGUGAGAAUUACACAUUUAGUGUUUAUGUACCAUACCCAUCUGAAAAGCGAGCAUAAGAUUCCUGUAUAAAUAUCAGGAUGUUUUGGUUCCAAAAAAUAUAUAUACAUUCAUACAAACAUAAAUGAAUCUAAGUAUGAGCAUCAUUACUGGGCAAAAAAGAACUGAGUCAAAAUGCUGAGUGCUCACAGGAGAGACUGGAUGAAAUCCGUUCUAGGCUUGGACACUCUCAUUGGAAACCCCACAGCCACUUGGAAAUGAGACCAGCAUUUAAAGUUUAAAGUUGGUAGUUUGUGGCACUGAGUGUGAACAUCUUGCUGAGGUUCACAUGAAAUGUUUAUCUAAUGAAACAUUUUCAGUAUAUGCUGUGGGGUGUAUGAAGUGCAGACAUGCCACUGGACCAGCCGAAACAUUUGCAUCUGAUUGUCAGAUAACCUUCCUAUAUAUUAAUAUUGUUGUCUGAUAUAUUAAACUCAAAGACUGCAGUGUUUCAUAGUGAGAGCUCAGAAUAGUGUACUGAAUUGUUAGUUGCUUUGAAUGAUGCACUACACAAUAUAAUAUGCUCUGAUUAACCUUUAUUUUUGCACCAAAAAUAUGCCCAUAUGAAUUGUUUACAACAUCCAUUCAUAUUGAAGACCAAAGUUACAAAAUUCCUGAAAAAUACACUUACAUGUAGAAUUGUUUAGUUCAGUUAUGUGUGGUUAAGAGAACCAUGAGAAUUUAUUCCUGGUAUAAAGAAAGAUUUCCUUUGUUUCUGUUUCUAAAGUCAUGAUUUUAAGAAUUUAGAAUUUACAGGUUUAGUUUAGAAAAAUUAUAAAUGCAAAAGUAAUCAUGGAACCAGAGUGUUCUAGCAAAAUUGCAGUUACUGUGAAAUAUAAUGGAGUUGGAUUAAUGUUGUGGAGAAUUUGUGUCAGACAUUUUUCUAAGUUAGGGCACACUUUUGCUAUAGCCACAGUAUGUGUACAAAUGUGACAUCCUCAUGAAGAUGCUCUGUGGUGUAUGAGUGCACAUUGUAUAAAACUGCCCACUUGUAUGCUAGUGUGUGGCAGUAAUUUUCCUGUUAGUGUUUGAGACAGAAGAAAAUUUGGAUGGUUUGUGAAAAUCUGAUUAAAUAAACUGAAAUUGCCUGUGAAACUCUAAUUGUAGUACAAGGACCUUGAACGCUUCAGAUGAAUGUAAGUGUACUGUUCAGAAUCUGUUCUAAAGGGUUAUGAUGGGAUAGGGUGUAUCGGUAAUGUACAGUGUACAACAGAGUCUGUGAGAUUCUUUGAAUAACUUUCAGCUGUAUGAGCUCUUUAAAAAAAAUUAAAAAAAUAGGUGGAGUUUAAACAGUA